CGUGCAUACAUAAUAAAUUUUAUGCACUUUUAUUCAAUUGAAAUUAAAUUUGAAGAAAGACUUAAUUCAGUAUGUUGCAUAAAAUCUUGAGCCUCAAUUUCAACGAAGAGGUUAUAAUCACUGUAUUGUUUAUAAAUUUAUAAAUGUUUAAUUUGAUUGAUUGUAACGGGUUAAUUUUUAGAGAUUUUUUUAUUUUUUUAAUUGUGUCUUGUUCCGAAAAGAUAUAAUUGUCAAUGAUGUUUUAUCAAUGGCAAUAAAAAACUUAAAAUGUGAUUUUGUUUUGCAUGAGUCGCAUCAGGCGCUUAAAUGUGGCUACUGCGGCUACAUUUUACAUGGCUCUUGUAAAAAUGCUCUUGCAUACCAUUGCUUCCAAAAAUAUGACAAAACUAAGCAUGCUUGGUUAUAAACGACAAUGCUGUCGUCACAAUGAGAAAUAACUAUGAUGAAACGGAAGAUGCGCAACAAGUUGAGAAAGUCGAAGAGAUGAUUCAGGACAGCCCAGUGACUACAUUUUCUUCGUCAACUGUAGACAAAAUUUUAAUUGAUCAGGUCCAUGCACGAAGGAACCUAUGGGAUCAUACUAUUGCAAUAAAAGAUAGAACAAAAUUUAAAAAAGAGGCUCAAUGGCAAGAAAUAAUUAAUGCGCUUGGAGGAUCGCUAACUUUGACAUCAGCGAAACAAAAGUGGAGGCAACUUCGAGAUUCAUAUGUAAAAGCCUGUAAACGCAUGCAAGGUUAUGUAACAAUCUUCGUUGUUCAGAAAAUAUGGGUCUUACCCACAUUCUGCGAUCUCGUCUGUCUUCUAAUUUUUUGUAACAAUUGUAGAUAUAAAAUAAUUUUGUAACUUUUUUCAUCGUUAUUUCCGUAUAUCUCUUUGGUUGCUUUCGUGCUCGUAUUACCAGUGUAAUCAUAGCCAUUAACAUUUAAUUUAAAAUCAUAUUUGCAGCAAGCAAAAACGUGACAAUCAAACGUAAUAAGCCAGACUUUACAGCUUUUAAAUCUUCUUUUACAGAUUUGUGUAUGCGCUCACACAAGGAGUAUAUAUAAUGGAAUAAACGCGUUCCGUUGA